AUGGAUGAAAUUUCCAUAAAAAUCGAUGAAAAAUCCGAUAUCGAUAUUGAUAAACCACAUAAUGAUAAACUACAUAACAAUAAUCCACAUAACGAUAAACCUGUUACUAAGAUAGAAAUAUCACCAAAUGAGAAAUAUCUUGUUACUUAUAGUCAAGUAGAUAAUUCAAUUGCCGGUUGGAAUGUUAAGUAUUCACUUAAAUUAGACAAUAUACUCGAUUUAAGUGAUAGAAAUGUUCAAAUUAAACGAGACUUGACUAAUGACGAAUCAGAAUCCAACAAAACCUUAUACCAAAUAAGUGUUUCCGAUGAUAAAGAAGUUGCGUUUAUUAAUGAUGAAAAUAAAAUAGAAAUAUACCAUAUGAACAAUUCUCAAGAAAUUAUAUUGGAUUGUGGUUACUAUUGUGAUUAUGUUUAUUGUACUUUUAACGUAAAUGGGGAACUCAUUUUAUAUGGUAGUAAUCAUACUGUUUUUAUUUAUUCCACGCAAACUAAUAAUAAAAAAUGGGAUUGUAAAAGAGUAUAUAAAUUAUUUAAAGAUCCUGAAGAUUUUAAAUUUAUUACCAUAUCAAAAUAUAAUAAACUUUAUUUAUUUUCAAAUAAUUCCAUUUAUAAGUGGAAUCUUGAUACUGAAAAAAGUAUAAAAAUAUUAAUUAUUGACGAAGAAAUAGAAGGUAAAGAUUGGGAACGUAAAAAGUAUAUCGAAAAUAAUAUCGAAAUUUCUAGUAGCGAGAAGUUUAUUUGUACAAGAGUCAAGAAUGAAAUUAUUAUAUAUUCAAUUGAAUUAGAAAUUCCUAUUGCUUCUUUAGAUAUAAAUAAUGUUACUCAACUACGUAAUCUUAUAAAAUAUCCCGCUUUACGUUCUCGAUUAUUUCCUUUAUUGUGUCCUUUAUUCAGUAAUAAGAUAUGCAGCGGAUUUUGGGAUUCCGUUAAGGGUUGGAAAAAAUGUUUAGGUCAUUCGAAACAGAAUGACAAAUUAUUAACAAAAUGUGACAUUAGCGUCCGAGCUACGAACAAAAUUGCAUAUGUAAUUCAGGAUGGAGAUAUUUGGAAGGUUGAUUUGGAAAAAAUGAUAUUAUACAUAAAUUCUUUACCUAUUAAUAAUUCCGAUGAAGUUAUCAACAAGGAAAUGGAUAAAACGUAUAGCCAUUUGAAUAUUUUUUCACUUAUUUCUUAUAAUUCAUAUAUGGAUACUAUAAGUAAAUUAUUUCAAGAAGCUGAAUCAGGUUCUAAAAAAUUCAUAUUGGAACAAAAUUUUGUUAAAUGGAUUAUUAAUUAUAGGAACCUUGCAGAUUAUAAAGGAAUUAAAUUGCAAGUUAUUAAAAAGAAUAAUAUUAAUAAUAGAUGGGAUUUAAUUUGUACAAGAGAUGAAAAGUUUAAAGUGGAUUAUGGGAUAGAACCAUUUGAAAUGAAUUUAUUUAAUGAUAAUGAGAUCAUUAUAUUAACAAAUGUUGGUCUUCUAAUUUACCAUUUUAAUGAGAAUGACAAAACUAUUUCUUUAAACUAUUAUUAUUAUAUGAAAUUUAAUAAGAUUGAUCAUUCACGAGAUUUACGAGAUUUACGAGAUUAUAGAAAAGAAUUUUCAAAAUCUACUUUACCUUUACCAAAAUAUAAUAGCUUUGCGAUUUGUGAUGGUUGGGCUUCAGUUAUUAAAAAUAAUAAGGAAUAUCUCUUGAAAUAUGGUAUUGAAUUAUUAAAUUCUGCAAUUAAAGGACGUGAUUUAGAAUUAGUGGAUCAAAUUUAUAAAAUUUGUUUAAAUCAUUUCGAAAAAGAUUUCAGAAAUAAGAUGUUUUUAAGUAUCAUUACUUCUACAAUGCCAUUACUUAACGAAUAUUAUCCAGAAUAUAUUGAAAAAUUUUCAUUAGAAACAACAAUGAUUAUUGAUUCACCUUCUUAUAGUAUUGAACAUCAAAGUAGUAAUUUACAUCUUUUUUCUUUUCAAUAUCCUCAUAUGGUUAAUUUAUCUCGAUCUAUAUUAUGGUUUAAAUAUAAUGAAUUAAUGAGUAGUUUACUUGAAAAUCAUGAGAGAAUAUCCCUAAUACUAAAUUCAUUUCAAUUUUUAAUAAUACUUUUAACAUUUCCCAUCUAUUUUAUUACAUUUUAUAUAUUAUCAUAUUUUAAUUUUAUUGAUGAUCUAAUAACAUGUGGUUUAUUUUCUGAGUUUUAUUUUAAGAUUGUUAGUUAUUCUUCAAAUUAUAAAAGAAUACCAACAAUUACUUUCAUUAAUCCUUAUAUUAAAUUUGUAAAUUAUUCAAAAUAUUAUAAUUGGUUUACAGAAUUAAUAUUACCUAAACCUAGUCCAUUUGUUGAAACAAUAAAUAGAGAUAUUUAUAGAACAUGGAGUGGUGAAGCAAUACUUAAUUUUAAAUGGAAUAAAUAUGGAAAAUAUUAUCAUUUAGCAAUUUGGUUUGGAUAUAUAAUUUUACUUAUAUGUUUUAAUAUAGCUGCUAAAAUUUCUCAAGAACAUGUAGAUAUUCAAAGGAAACUCUUGAUUACUUCGAUUACACUUGGAUCUAUGUAUUUGAUUUUAGAAAUUCGUCAAUUUAUUUAUGAUCCUACUAAAUGGAUACAAGAUAUUGGAAAUAUACUUGUAUUAUUUGUAUAUAUAUUUCCUAUUUGCACUUCAAUUUGGUGUCUUCACGAAAAUGAUCAUGAAAAGAUAAUUCCAUAUAUCACUUUUUCAUGCUUACUUUUAAAUUUAAAAUUAAUAUCAUUUUUUAGAAUAUUUGAAAAUUAUGAUGCUUAUUAUACAAUUGUUGUUAGAAUAGCAAAAAGGGUCAUGUUUUUUUUUGUAUACUUUAUAAUGGUUAUUUUAACAAGUUUCGCAUUUGCGUUCCAUAUUCUAUUAUCACCAAAAAUGAAUUAUUCUUUAGAUAAACGUAUAAUUAAUGAUGAUCCUAAUAAUCCUUGGAAUAUGGCUCCCACUUAUCAAGUAUUUGAUAAUGAAACUAGCACUGACUCCAAUUUAUUUAUUUUACAAACACCUGAUGAGAACACAAACAUGUUUACAACUUUCUCUACCUCAUUUUUUGCAACUUGUUUAUUGCUCACAGGCGAUACGAGUUCUUUUUAUAAUUGGCCAUAUGAAGAUAAUCCUACACUUAUGAUAUUGUUGAUUUUGUUCGCAUUUAUAAUGGCUAUAUAUAUUCUAAAUGUAUUUAUCACGCUAUUUAGUGAGGCAAUUUCAGAUCAUGAUGGCUCAUUUUUGGUUACAAGAGCAGAGUAUUUGGCCAAAAUUGAAUUAUUCUAUUUAUUACCACAUCAGAGACGUUGGAAAGAAUGGUUUCCUGAAGUAAUAUAUUAUCAUGCUAAUGUUGAUGAGACACGAAAAAAAGUUAGAGAAAUGAUUGAUAAUCGUGAUUGGAAAACUAAUGAAUUCCCUGAUAUGAAGAUAAAAUUAUUAAAAAAACUUAAUAUUGAUGAUUAUAUCACUAAUAAACCUGUUGAUGAGUUUACUUUGCGAAAAGUAUUAAAAGAAACGAAAAACUAA